AUGGCCAAGAAUACUGGAGAUACGCGUUUCAGAAAGCUUGAUGUUGAUAGCUUCAGUCAAAGCAAUUUUGAGGAGGAGACUGUUGAUGACACCCACUUAAAUCCUCGAGACGUGGAAGGUCUUCUUAGCAGGCAAGCUUUUUAUGCAUUGGUAUUUGGGAAAUACGAAGAGGCCUUGCGAAUGGUGUUAGACAACGCGCCAGUGAACUCGAAGGACGCGGGUCUUAAGGAUGCUGUCUCGGCACUGAUUCUGCGUGCCAUGUCAUCGAUACGCAGUAACCAAGUUGACGCCUUCGUGAAUAGUUUAAAUCAGGAGCAGUUAGACAUGCUGAUGAAGUACAUCUACCGCGGCUUUCAGAAACCCGUCGAUAUCACCUACCCUGCGUUACUUGUCUGGCACGAGAAGGCCCUCGCAAAGGGGAAAAUCAGUUCAAUAUGCCGCGUCUUGACGGACAGACAAGUUGUCUAA